UUCAAAUUUUGUAUAAUACACCAAACAUCAAUCAAAUUUCUCUCUCUCUAUUUUCUGAGUCUGUUUUGAAGCUCAAACAGAAACAGCAUGGCAGAAGUUCUGAGUGAAGAACAGAUUGGUGAGAUCAAAGAAGCCUUUGGCUUGUUUGACAAAGAUGGAGAUGGGUGCAUCACUGUGGAAGAAUUGGCCACUGUUAUCCGAUCACUGGAUCAGAACCCAACAGAAGAAGAACUCCAAGAUAUGAUAAACGAGGUUGAUGCAGAUGGCAACGGAACCAUAGAAUUUGUUGAGUUUCUCAACCUAAUGGCCAAGAAAAUGAAAGAAACCGAUGCAGAGGAAGAUCUCAAAGAGGCCUUCAAGGUGUUUGAUAAAGAUCAAAACGGUUACAUUUCAGCAAGUGAGUUGAGACACGUUAUGAUAAAUCUUGGUGAGAAAUUAAGUGAUGAAGAGGUGGAGCAGAUGAUUAAAGAAGCAGAUUUGGAUGGUGAUGGUCAAGUUAACUAUGAAGAAUUUGUGAAGAUGAUGAUGACCAUUGGAUGAAACUUUCAUAUCUUUUCUUAUUAAUGUUUCUUGUUGUACUAAUGUAGCGCAUAUAAUUUUUUUUUUUCAGUUUAACAUUCCUUAAUUAUGUUUUAAAAUUAAUUAAUCUAAUUAAGAAUUGCUUAAAUUGGACUCUUUCUUUCUUUCUUCA